GGCAAAAGGAAGUCAAAAUGGAACUGAAAGGUGGUGGAAAAGAGAAAAAAACCAGGGCUGUACAGAAGGGCCUUCAGGCCACCCAUGCUGGAAUUGGGGCUGAGCUUCAGUUUCAGAAACUUUUGAAGCCAAUCAAGCAGGAACCGGAAGACGGACUGCAACAGCGCUGGGAAACCCAGUGGCAGAAAUUCCCGAAGACCGUGCAGGCACCCUAUUUCCCAGAAAGAUGUCCACAGCUCCUCCAGCCCCCACCGGAGGAGAGUCCUAAAGGAUUUCAAGCUUCUUUUCCCUUCUUGAAGGGCACCGCAGAGACCAAGCUAAGAUCUAGAGAAGAGGUGUUCAGCCAGAAGGCCUGCAGGCCCUGUGAGAAGGUCCCACGUUCUUCUGUGGAAGUAAAAGAUGAGAUUUGGGGUGAGGACAUGGAUAGCUUGGAAGAGCAGAGCCAGCAUUUCCAUCGGUUCCGCUACCAGGAAGCUGAAGGCCCCAGAAAUGUUUGUGAGCAGCUUUGGAAGCUUUGCCACCAGUGGUUGAAGCCGGAGAGGCACACAAAGGAGCAGAUCUUGGAACUGGUGGUCCUGGAGCAGCUUCUGACCAUCCUGCCUGAGGAUAUACAAGGUUGGGUAAGAGAAGGCAGACCCCAGACCUGUGCCCAGGCUGUCACUCUGGCAGAGGAUUUCCUCCUGAAUCUACAGAGAAGACAGCAGGACCUGGAGCCAUAUGAAGAGGUGAUUGUUAACUCCCCCAAGGCAGAAUUGGACCCAUCAGAUGCAGAGGAGCCGGGGAACUCCACGGAGGUUGAGCGAGGUAGUGAUGAUGAGCCUCCCUUAUUCAGUGACGGAGAAAGGUGCCGCAGCCACCACUCAGAGGGAAUGGAGCACGGAGAAUUAACCAGGAUGUCCUCAAAAAACAUAGGAGGACAGACUAACCUGCAUCCUUGCUUUGCUUCAGGAGGUGAGAAUGAGGAGCUAAAUCUUCAUCCGGAAAAUGCCCAGUUGGUUGAAUUUGGUGACAUCUCCCCAGAAAGAGGCAGAGGGACAUUUCUCCAGGUACCUGAAGUAGCAGGAAGGCCAGGAAGUCAGGAGAGACCGAGACACCCCCAAGGAAACUCAGCCAGGAAGUUGCCAAGAAAAAAUGUGACUUGCAGGGAAAUCGAUUCAGACAGGAGCCCCAGCCAGGAGAGGGUCCCUGAGCACCUCCCCCAAAAGGCAGCCACCGGAUGUGUGAGGAAGAGCGGCCCGCGUGCUGAUCUCGCUCAACCAGCCAAGGCCCCGUCCUACGAAUGCUCCUACUGUGGCAAGCGGUGGCCAUGCCAAUCCCAGCUCCGCCGGCAUCUCAAAAUCCACACGGGCGAGAGGCCUCACAAAUGCACAGACUGUGGGAAGAGUUUCAGCAACAGUUCGAACCUCAGCCAGCAUAAACGGGUGCACACCGGGGAGAGGCCCUACAGUUGCAAAGACUGCGGGAAAAGCUACCGACGCCGGGCCUCCCUGCUCCAGCACGAGAGAGAAACCUGCCGGAAAGGGAACCCCUUAACCGCUCCGGCGGUGGGAUACAUUUUAUUGGGGAACUGUACCUUGCUGUGUAUGAAGAAAUCCGUCCAGAGUGGGAAGAAUCGGGUGAUAGCACCCAAGGGGGCCGAGGUCCCGCUCGCAGCUCAGCCUUUAAACCUAGCAAUGGGAUAUUCACAAGAAAAGAGCCAGGGUGGCAGCUAG